CCGAUAAUCAGAAGUCGCAAGUGUCGAAAGUUCAAGUUCCCCUCUUCGAUGGCACCAAUGCCUCAGCAUGGGCGAACAAGUUUGAGCAAUUGGGCAGUUGUUGUGAAUGGACGAGUGAAAAGAUGCUUCAAAUGGUGAAGCGAUAUUGUAUGGUUGAGUAUAAAGAAGAAGUGUCGGAUUUGGUGCACGCUUCGCGCUACUGGCCGGACUUCAAAGCCAAGUUACUGGACAAGUACCAAUUGGGGGAUCAACUGCUCGACCUGGCGGACUUACGAAAAGUUAGUCGUUGGAAGUUUGGUACGACCAAGCAGUUUCUUACAGAAUUUGAACGAGUCGCGAGCUUAGUGCCUGACCUUCCUGAUAAGGAACGGUGCCUCAUCUUCCUCGAAAACUUUUCAGAAGUUGAGUUGCGGGAACAGAUGAAAGAUAUGACUGGGCGAUACGACUGGCCAAAAAUUAAGGAGAACCUGCUGGCUGGAAGCUUCGACCAGAUGUUUUACCGUCUCUUGAAGCAGCAAAAGGAGGAUCGCGAAAAGGAAGGGGUAAGCGCGGAUAAGGAUCAGGCCAUUUACAAAACCCUGACUGAUAUGCGGAACAUGAUGGCUGACAUGAAGGAGGAAAGGUUGAAGUUACAAGUGAUGAUGGUCCAGACAAAAGGUGGGAAAAGGAAGGGGAAAGCACCUGUUGUGGAGGAAGUGAGUAGUAGCAGCAGUGAAGAGGAAGAUGAGGAGGAAGUGGAGGCCCCUCGAAAAUUGACCAAGGCAGAACGGAAAGCCCUGAAUCAGAUACGAGGAGGGCAAGGCACUAGUAAAAAGCAGCGGAAGAAUAAUGGAGGAGGUGGACAAGGAGGGAACCUCAUCGAUCCCAAUGUGGAGGGAGGAAUGAGAAAGGAAGCGUUCCGAUGUAUGGGGCGAGAUCUUCCAGCAACUUUUCGACUGGCUUUCCCGGAAGAAGUCCAACAGAUUGAGUUGGAAGCGGCGAUGGAGUCAUUGAGAAUUGAAGAUGCCAAGGCCGCAGAUGAAGGGUUGAGCAAAGAACAGGAAGAGAUACUGCAGCGAGCUCAGACAGUGGUCGGAAAAAUGACUCGAUGCAGGAAAACUUUUGUUCAAGUAUGUGCGGAUAUGAAUGAAGAGUGGUUCGGGCUUCCCCAAGUUUUUCUGUUUGGAGGAUGGGACAGAGACAGCCAAGGAGGUCUUACUGAUGUUACCGCAUCACAACCUGGAUUGUCGUCGACAGGGCGUUUGAUGGCCACUACGGUUUUGUCCCGUCAUGCCUUCAAGCGACCUGCCACCGCUGGUCUCCCACAAGCUCGGAGGGCUCGAAGGCCGCCGCGGCCAAGGGCAGCGCCAGAAGAAGGGCCUAGACAGCCUCGGGAAACCGAGACAAUUGCGAUUGAGGAAGACAAUGGCGAGGAGGACGAAUUGUUGCGGGCCGAGGAUGAGCGGCAGGCCAAACAACGGGCCAUGGAGAGGGAACCAGAAACGGGCAAGACCGAUGUUGAGGAAGGAGAGCUGGAAAAGAAAAAGCAGGUCUACACAAUUCCAGUAGAGCAGGGACUGGAUAUUGAGCAAAUCGUGGACCGGAUUUUGGAAAGCCAACGCGAUUUGUUCACGCUCAAGGAGUUCUUGGCCGCGUCGCCCAAAAUCCGAGAGGAGUUCAGACAUCGAUUGUCAAGAAAAAGGGUGAUGCUGGUUAAGAUGAGUGAUAUCUUUCCUCAAGAGAUUAGUUGAGCUCCAGCUGGGACAAAAAUGGACUGGCACUGUGUAGCAACUGGGGUCUUCUGUAUAAUACACUUCU